AUGUUUCUAUCCAACAAUAUGGGACAGAAUAUAAUAGAUUAUAAUAAUUACGUACUCUCUACUGCGUACAACGUUCAGUGGUAUAAAGCUCCGUUAUGUAUACAGAGAAUGAUACUGUUUCUAUUACAAAGAGAAACUAAGGUAUUUACUCUGAAUUUAGGAGGAGUAUUUAUUGCAUCUAUGGAGAAUUUCGCCAUGUUAGUAAAGACUUCGGUAUCUUAUUUUACUGUCAUAUAUUCUAUGCUGUGA